GAAACGCCAACAGUUGGCCGCCCAAAUUUUGUCGUUUGCCAAGCGAGCAUCGCAAGAUUAAACAACUAUCGAGAAAACAAGCUCCCUCGGUCUCUGUAACACCCAUGUUCUCCCAUGGGAUCCAAUACAUGGACCGAGGAUCCAAUUGAUAACUAGACCUAAAAUAACAUCCAUGAUGACCACAUGAUAUUAAAAUAGCCAAGCAGCUAAUCACCUACCCAAUUCAUCUAAUCCUGAAAUGUCCUGUUUUUGUAGACUCAUGAACAGACUGAGGUCACUCACCUAAUCCUGAAAUGUGCUGUUUUUUCUAGACUCUGCUUUGUUCUUGUUAUCUUCGACCAUGUUAUUUUUUCAUUAUAGAUGUAAAAUGUUGAAAUGGAUUGAAUUUGUGCUAGUAUGAUUUCCCCACCUUUUAUUUGUAGAAGAAGCCAAAUAUAACAGUCUAGAAAGCCAGUUUAGCAUAGUACUCCAGUUUUUUGUACCAUACCUAAUGACUGACAUUAGAACCUUAAUUUCGAUGUGAUUGUCUUUAAAAUAAUUGAUGUGACGAUUUUCUUGGGAACUUUCCAAAACUCACCUCGUUAUAUGGACCUAGUCAAAUGUUGAACUCUGUGAGACUGUGACGGCAGAUAUUCUUACAGUUUGCAACUUUCUAUACAUGGCUAUGCAGUGCUGGUGAUCAUGCUGAACCUGACAGAUUUUAUUACUCUCUUUUGGUGGGACCUAGCCGUUUAACUUGGUGGAUACAGUUUUAGCAAGUUUAAUCUGUCCGUUUUUUAUAGUUUGCAAGAUUACAACAAGAAUCUUGUAGUCCCCCCGGCCUCCGGGACAGUCGUCAGCUAGCCAUGGGGAUCCAACGCAGAUCCAGAUGACCACACUAGUGAUCUACUGAAUGAUAAUCUUGGUUAAUGAAUCUUAACAAUAACAAAUUGCUAGUAGGCCAUGUUCUGCAUGAAUAAAGGAUGAGACUGCUUCUUGUUCUAGUCUUGGCUGGACGUGUGUCGUAUAAAUAAAUAAGAUACAUCUAUGCAUUGAGUUACUGAAUGGUACUACAAGAUACAGGAAAGAGAGGCAGCGAGCUAGUGUCUGGAUCUCUGUCUAAGCGCCAUUCCUUCCAUUUGGUUUGAAGCACCUCCCUGUCUGAAAGGAAAGGAAGGAGAAAGCUCACCUCAGCGCCAAGGAAAUGAGUCAAGACCAGGCUAAAGGAACAUUCAAGGCAGGUGGGGAUUGGAAUACCACAUUAACGAACUGGUCACAUGAUGCAAAAGACUUUUGGAAGAACCCAAGGGUAAAAAUUAUCCGAAUCGAGGUACUUGUAUCAUUGGUUGCUGGUGUCCUACUGUUCCUCGCCAUCUUUGGGUCCCGCCGUCGCCGAAGCAAAAAUGGUUUUCUCCAAAAAGGUCUCCUUGUCGCGUACACCUUGUCCUUCUCGCUCACAACGUACAUAAUCGGUUCCAUGCAAUCUUCUGACUUGAAGGGCGAAAUGUAUGGUAUUUGGGCCAUAUCUCUCUUAAUGCUUCAUUGCUGCACCGACUCUAUCACAAACUAUAGUCUUGAGGACAUCAGACAAAGAACAAGACUCGAAUACCAGGCUUUUGCCUACUUAAUAUACUCGUCGCUACUUCUAGCCACUGUGAUUAUGGAUAGUGGUACAAAAACCCUACCAAAUAUUUACUUCUUUCUCACCAUGAUUCCUGCAAUCGCCUUUGCCAGAUAUAUACACAGACUUGCGGUAUCUUGUCUAGCUGGUUACUCAUGGAACCUAAACAAAACUGUUGCUGAUUACAUGUAUGAUCAGCAAAAUGGGAGUGUAUCUGAUCCACCCACCAUGGAAGGUUGCCAUUACCUGGUCGACUGGCCCCUUAGCAAAUCCAAGUUUGAUGCUCCAACAUAUGCAACACAAUUAGCAGUGGAGUAUCCUGAUGAAGAAGAUAAAGUCAUUCACAUUGGGAAGAUUUGGCGGUGCCAGCAUAAGUCACUAGGCCCAGAGCUAAAAGAUGCAUGCCUUUCCUUCUCUCUUUUUCAUCUGCUGAGAAGGCGCUUCUUCGGGUUUUCCUGUGAUGAAUCCAAAGACAGGGCACGUAAUUUUGUCUUGGAGGUGCUCCUAGUGAACGGUGCCACAGACUACAAAAGGGUGUUCAAGGUUAUUGAAGUUGAGUUAGCCUAUAUGUUUGAUUUCUUCUUCACCAAGCAUGCUGUCACUUAUUACGAAUCAAUGGCUGUAACGAUUUGGUCACUGAUUUCGGCCAUCUUCAUAUCUGUCAUGGUGUACAUUACACUGAAGGCUCCGCUGAAGAUUUCUCAGGGCGAGUCCUCUGUCAUGGCCAACACAACAGUUGAUACUGUCAUCACCUUAGUUAUGCUUGCAUCCGCUGCUUUGCUUGAAUUGCUACAGCUAUGUUCUUUCUGGGCAGGUAUCAGUUUGUCAGAGAACAAGCAAGACUGAAUGGAAGGGCCUCACAGAUUAUAGGAACGAGGACAAGCAGGGGAAGCUAUUAUGACGACAUCAUGGGGUUUCUUACCAAGAUAUGUGUCUAUCUUGCUUCUUGCACCAUGGGAUUAAAGGAGGUUCUUGCCAAUAUUGGAUUGUCAUGUGCAUCAAACUGCCACUACUGGGAACACAAGCUUGGGCAAUACUCAUUGCUUGAUUCGGUCAGCUACUACAAUCACAGUCCAUUACGGCUCAUAUAUGGAAUUAUCACAGGGAGAAGUCGUCUAAGGAUCCUUCUGGCAACGAACGAAGUUUUGUAUCUUCGAGACCAUACAGUCAACCAUCCAUUUAAUUUUCAGCCAUUACUAGUCCGUAAGAAAGCUGGGAAGCCUGUCGAGUUGCCUGAUGAAGUAAAAAAGGCGGUUAUCUGCUCUCUAAAACGUACCGGUGGUACACUAAGCAAUGGGAGAUCUUCUUUAGUGUCCAAUGGAGCACAACUCCUCUUAUGGGCAUGUGAGUGGGAAACACACCCGGAUCCAAGCUGGUCCCAGAGAAAGCAGAAUCAGACACACAUUAUUUUGACUUGGCACAUUGCAACAUGUUACUGUGAGAUGCUAACACUUUCCCAGGAAUACAUGAUAUCUUUUAGCAUUGCCACAAAACUGUCGAAAUAUUGUGCAUAUUUGGUGGUCUCUUUGCCAAAGCUUCUUCCCGGGCAUCACUAUGAUACAAUAAGCAAGUUCGAUGCAACUGCAGUAGAAGCAAUUGCACUCCUUCCAAAGUCAACGAGCAUGUACGAGGCCAUGAAGAGUUUAAAGGUACCACAGGAGCCCAAGACGAUCUUCGAGAGCGGCAUGAAGCUCGGGAAGCAACUGGAGCAUAUGGUAGAGGGCACCCGAUGGAAGGUGAUGGCUGAUUUCUGGGCCGAGAUGAUUCUCUACCUUGCGCCCUCUGCCAAUGUCGAGGAACACAUCGAGCAGCUGGCGCAAGGUGGUGAGUUUAUCACCCACCUCUGGGCUUUGCUCUCUCAUGCGGGCAUCCUUGAAAGGGACCAGGAGCAUCAAGCUGGGGAGGCGUCGCGUAACCAACACCGCGUGGAUAGUUUCGUUUCCGCUGAUUCCUCUUUCUGUCAGUGUGAGUGUGUUUAAUUUCUGCUUGUCGUAAUUAGCGGCAUGUGCCGCUGUUUGUGUUUGAUGCAUGGACGUUGUGAUUGGUUCGUCUGUGGCGUGCGAUAUGUCUGUAAGUCUGAAUUUACUUGAAAUACCUGUAAUUUUUGUUACUGACUGAUUGCAUCGAUCGAUCCUGGUGUAAUAUAAUGUGACUAUU